UAUAAUUUGGAAUGCAGCAUGACAUUCUCUUUGCUGUGGAAAUUGUCUCAACUGGAAGGAACUUCAUUUUAGGAGGGAAUUCAUGGGAAUGCUUCCUGCUCUCAGGUAUUUCCUUUUUGACUUUCGGUAGCAGAGAGAAACUAAAGACCUUGAAGACGCCUACAGCCCCUUGCUCAUCAGUAACAAUGCUCCAGCGAUGAGGUUACAGUGAGCCCUUCCUGUGUGGCCUCCAUGGGUCCCACUCAACUCACCACACAGGAUCAUGGGAAGCGGGUGGCAAGUGUGUUUGAGAUGGAGGAGGAAGGGCUUUCGCUCUUCCCUGGCUCAGACAACCCUCCUGAGCAUGCAGAAAAUCCUCCCCUGAAGCGGAAGAAGGGUCCAGCACCUAAGAUGCUGGGAAAUGAAGUGUGCAGCGUGUGUGGGGACAAGGCCUCAGGCUUCCACUACAAUGUGCUGAGCUGUGAAGGCUGCAAGGGCUUCUUUCGCCGCAGUGUCAUCAAGGGUGCGCAGUAUGUCUGCAAGAACGGUGGCAAGUGCGAGAUGGACAUGUACAUGCGACGCAAGUGUCAGGAGUGCCGGCUGCGCAAAUGCCAGGAGGCAGGCAUGCGGGAGCAGUAUGUUCUGUCUGAAGAGCAGAUCCGGCUGAAGAAACUGAAGAAGCAGGAGGAUGACCAGGCUCGGACAGUUGUGGUGCGUCCAAACCCUCCGCAUCCGCCAAGCCCAUCCCACAAACUGACGCCUGAACAGUUGAGCAUGAUAGAGAAGCUUGUGGCCGCUCAGCAGCAGUGCAACCAGCGCUCGUUCACAGACAGGCUCAAAGUGACGCCGUGGCCCCAAGUUCCUGAUCCUAAUAACCGUGAAGCGAGGCAGCAGCGUUUUGCUCACUUUACGGAGCUUGCAAUUAUCUCUGUGCAAGAGAUUGUGGACUUUGCUAAGCAACUGCCCGGCUUUCUGGAGCUCACCAGGGAAGAUCAGAUUGCUUUGUUGAAGACAUCUACAAUAGAGGUGAUGCUGUUGGAGACGUCUCGACGCUACAAUCCAGAGAUAGAGAGCAUCACGUUUCUUAAGGACCUGAGCUAUAAUCGGGAUGACUUCGCCAAAGCAGGUCUGCAAUUUGAGUUCAUUAACCCCAUCUUUGAGUUCUCAAAGGGAAUGAAUGAGCUACAGCUCAACGAUGCUGAAUAUGCACUUUUAAUCGCCAUCAACAUUUUCUCUGCAGACCGACCGAAUGUGCAGGACCAGUCCCUGGUGGAGAGGCUGCAGCACACCUAUGUCGAAGCCCUUCAUUCUUACAUUUGUAUCAACAGACCAAAUGACCACCUGAUGUUUCCACGGAUGUUAAUGAAGCUGGUCAGUCUUCGGACGCUAAGUAGCGUCCACUCUGAACAGGUGUUUGCUCUUCGGCUGCAGGACAAGAAACUCCCUCCCCUGCUCUCAGAAAUCUGGGAUGUGCAUGAGUGACCGCAUGCUCCCAGGGCACUGAUGUGUUGGCAUAAUGCCAUCUCCCAGCCUUUGCUAACGAGAAGCCAGCCUCCCCUCUCCAAGGCACUGCACUCUAGGCUAGGCAGUGCAGGGAGUGAUGGGUCUGGGAUUUCAAUGAUGUCAUGAGGCUAUGUAGGAGGCAGCUGGGGUUGAUUGGACGGGGAGUUGGUUUCGAUGUAAUGCCCACACCCCAAAUGGAUAACGUGAACAUCUGAAAACGGUAGAAAUGAAGACCCUCCCCAUAUACACAUACACCUCUCUUCAGAGUCUCUUUCUCUUUUCUAAGUAUGUCCUGGGGAUUUGCCCACUGAUCCUUUCCUCUCCUGUUGAUUAUGAAAGUGAAUUUGCAGGAACUUGCCAAACCCUCUCUAUUGAGAGUAAUCCAGCUCAAAAGGCUUUUGCAGGGUCCCCAGUGUACCUGGAUCUGAGGAGCUCAGGGAAGUCAAUGUGGAUGUUCUAGGGGUUUCACUGGGUUUCCUAUAAGUAACAUCUCUUGUAUGUGCUGCCCUUUGCAAAGAUUCCCAGAGAAGUAGCUGUUGUUAUUUCUUUAUUGUGAGACUUCAUCUCUAGAGUUGCCCUUUUGCUCUGGCCUUCCUUUGGGAAGAGGAUUCCUGGAAUGUGUAGUGCCCUUUAUCUAGCAAGGGAGGUCCUUGGGUAUGGGAAAGGGACAUUUAUAUACCAGAAAGGUGUCAGGCAUAAAGUAGUGGAUUUUUAUAUAAUGCAUCACCACUUUAUCUUAUGCUGAUUCUCAGCCAGUUCACUUUACUUUGAUUUGCUAACAGCUGGAAAACUGCACUUCAAAACAAGUCGGGAUAUAGAUUUUUAUAUUUGGGGGUGGAAGAGAAGAAAGGAAUUUGGGAAGGACUGGUACCUAGGCAAGGCAGGUGUGGUGGAAGGGUCUCAAAAACUUCCAAGAAUUUGGAGCAUGUUUGCAUGUGUUCCAAGGAGAGCAUGAAGAUGUAUCAGCCAAGGAGAGAGGACACGCUGCAUUUAGUGAGGUAUGGGCAUUGCCUAAACUAUGGGCUACACAGCUCUCAGAUCAUGUGCUGCAGAAAUGCUGAGCGUAACCAGAUCUACUUGCCUUUCUUCCUUAUGCCAAAGUCUUUCCAAGGUACUUGGCGAUUGGAAUAUGGACGUCCUUGCUGUAUGAGGAGUGCCGAUUGCUCUAGAAGGACACUUGAGUCCUGUAUCCUUUGUUCCCCACUUUGGGCAUGCUGAGAAUCCACACUGGGUUUAUGCCCUAAGUCCUUAAGUAUUCACAUCCAUAAGUAUUGUAGGAUUUACGGCGAUAUUUUAUCUGAUGGAAGAGAAAUAUAUUGUUGCAAAAAUAUGUUCCUUAUUUUCCAAGAAACAACAUCUUGUGGCUGAUCUCAGAGAUGUAACCUUAAGUAUCCUGGUAGCUUGGUCUCAAGAGUCUUCUCUCUCAUAGGGGUCUAUGUUUGCUUGCCCGGUGAGCAUCCCAAGAGUCUAGGUUCACAUGGCUCUUUUUUU